ACCGAUACCAUUUGUGCUUGCAUUUUGUCGCAGUUGAAAGAAUAAAUGUUUGUGUACAUGGGCUGCUGCAGGGUGUGCCACGUUUCAGAAUUAUCGAACCGUAACCGAUAUGCUCCGGAUACUUUACAAAUUGAAGUAGACAUCGUACGUCACUGUGGUUGCUUCAUUUUACCCGGUGUUGAUGAUCAGUGUAUACGUAUAACAUUUCUGUUGGGAGUACAUAGUAUAUGGCAUCGUUAGAGUGAUGAACGACUGUGAUAUUGUUCCGGAUGAUAGACAACCUACAUGAAUAUCGAUGAAAAAAAGUGUGUAACAUUGUUCUCGAUAAGAGACAACAGCCUACAUGAUUAUUGAUGAUAGACAGCGGAAAAUAUUGUUGAAGGAUUGUCUUUCUAUUAUGUACUGGAUUACGAGGAGGAAGUUUGCAAGCUCAGCGUAGAAAGAAGGGGGUACUCAAGUUUCCUCCUACAUCAAGACCCCCUCCCCCCUUGCGUUUACAAUCGGGACAACAAGAGUGGUUUAUGACUUUUCUGCUCAUUUCAUCUUUAUCAUUUGUUUCUUGAGGUCCCACAAGGUAAGUGCUAAGCCACUAUGAGGUCAGUGAGUGAGACUGGUACCUAUCUGACCCUGCAGUCCAAAUGUCUGGUCAUCGUCGACGUGCUGAUGUUCCUGCUAGGGGUCAUAGUGUGGACAGGUCAUAGCGACUUCCGGUUCCUGUCUGCCUUGUUAAUACUAUCCGGUACACUGGGGUCAAUAAUUGGAACAGGUGGAUGCUUAGCGAAGACGGGAGAUGAGAAAUAUUCAACUAAUUUUGUUGUACGGUUUUGUACAAAACUUUUCAGCGGUGACGUCAUUCUAGUUGCUGGGAUACCGUUGAUACUAGUCUCGAUUGUCACUUGUGCUUUUUCCAUUUUUACGUUCCAUUCGACGACCUUGACCUUUCGAAAGGCACCUGCUUCAUACGCCCUGCUUAUCAGUUCCGUGGCCCUGGCAAUCCUAUCCGUUGUCGUGGCAUCAUCCUUCUUCAAGUCAGUGUUGGACCAUCAGCGAACAGUUGGAGCGUCACGUCAGCAAUAUCAUCCCAUUGAGCGAGUUAAAGAAUCUGUACAGGCGGAUAUUACGUCAGAAAAAUGUUUACCUGCGAACGUGUGAGAAAGGGUUGUAUCAUAACUCAAUGUAUCGCCAAUAUAAACGAGUGGGGAAAUAUAUCAUAUUAAGUUAAAAUGUGUUUAGGGAUAUAGAUACACUCUUAUGUAUUGCCGUUUGUUUAUGUCUGGUUGUUAUUACUGUGAUGACAAAGCAAGAUGUUAUACAAUGUACCAAGCAAUGCAGGGUUUCGUAGUCCACAUGCAGUAAUAACAGUACUAUCAAAUUCAUUCAAGCAAACUAGGCAUGUGUCACUACUUGAAACAUACUUCCAUAUUAAUAUAUUGAAUAACACAGACGUUGGCGUGUACUUGUAGCUUAAAUCUCUGGUUCAAGAUGCAAGCUUAAGACGGAAAAAAGAAAGAUAUUUAAACCACCAAAAUAGCUCGUUGUGAAACAGUGUGAUUGGCUACCCGACCAACAGGUUAUCAUUACCAGUAACAUGUCUCUUGGAGGGCUCUGAUAACCGUCUGUGUGCUGUUAUAUAUUUGCUUUUAAGUCAGGCAGGAAUCAAACGAGUGAGAAGCCAAGUAAAAACUGAUUAAAUGUGGUAAGAGAGGGAUGUGAUGCUUUUAUGUGACACUGCCUUUGAUUAACUGCCCUUGACUUUAAGGUUGAGUUACUGAUUGGAGCAACGGUAUUGCCUGUCUAAGAAUUGGCCUGUAGGUUUGUGUCCCACUGCUUUAUAUUCUACAGUUACAUUGCUGAUUGGAGCUACCGGUAUAACCUUUAUGUGAACUUAACUACUACAGUAUAAUUUAUUUGUGUUAAAAAGUCUUUUAUCACAAAGUUAUAUAACAGAUCGGAGCUGUUGGAAUUGUCUUUGUAGUAGAUCAGCUACAUAACAAGACGAUACUGCCUUUGAUUAUAAUUUCAUGCUUUGUGGGGGAUUAGCGGCAUUUUUGUACUUUGAUUAUAAAUUAACUUUAUUGACCAGGGACAGAUGUGCUACUGUCUUUGAAUAUCUAUUAGAUAGCUGAGAAAUACAGAUUUUUGUCUUGCUCUGUGAUAUUGUCAUGAAAAUCUUCACAUUGACGUGAUUCAAAUAUGACACAAAAUUCAACCAGACGUGAAAGCACUUUACCAAUAAAGGGACAGAAAGUUUAA